GAGAUGGAUCGAAUUACACCAUUUGCCGUGCCUCGAUUUGUUUUGCUCCUGCUUGGUCCCGCUGCUGCUGCUGCCGCCGCCGCCGCCGCUGCUGCUGCUGCUGCUGCUGCUGACGCUGCUGCAAGGACCGGUGGUGGCGAGUUUCAGGAUUAUAUCAAGGAAGCCAAGAUCUAAAGAGACGGAGGGAUAUAUAUGUAUAUUUUGCAUUUUUUCUUUCUUUUCUUUUUUUUUCUUGUGCGUGACAAGCUUUAUUUUUACCAGCCUCCCCCCAUGAGGUAGCAAAGUGGGAUUCCUGAGGAGGGGCAGCUCUGACCUGACCUUGGCCCACCAUGAGGUUCUUCCUGCUUUGUGCCUACAUGCUGCUCCUGAUGAUCUCCCAGUUGAGGGCGGUCAGCUUUCCUGAAGAUGACGAACCCCUCAAUACUGUUGACUAUCACUAUUCAAGGCAAUAUCCGGUUUUUAGAGGACGCCCUUCAGGCAAUGAAUCGCAGCACCGGCUGGACUUUCAGCUGAUGCUGAAAAUUCGAGACACACUUUAUAUUGCUGGCAGGGAUCAAGUUUAUACAGUAAACUUAAAUGAAAUCCCCAAAACAGAAGUAAUACCGACCAAGAAGCUGACAUGGCGGUCAAGACAACAGGACCGAGAAAACUGCGCUAUGAAAGGCAAACAUAAAGAUGAAUGCCACAACUUUAUUAAAGUAUUUGUUCCAAGAAACGAUGAGAUGGUUUUUGUAUGUGGUACCAAUGCAUUUAAUCCCAUGUGCAGAUACUAUAGAUUGAAUACCUUAGAAUAUGAUGGGGAAGAAAUUAGUGGCCUGGCAAGAUGCCCAUUUGAUGCCAGACAAACCAAUGUUGCCCUUUUUGCUGAUGGGAAACUGUAUUCUGCCACGGUGGCUGACUUCUUGGCCAGUGAUGCUGUUAUUUAUCGAAGCAUGGGUGAUGGGUCUGCCCUUCGUACAAUAAAAUAUGACUCCAAAUGGAUAAAAGAGCCACACUUUCUUCACGCCAUAGAAUAUGGAAACUAUGUCUAUUUCUUCUUUCGAGAAAUUGCUGUGGAACAUAAUAAUUUAGGCAAGGCUGUCUAUUCCCGUGUGGCCCGCAUAUGUAAAAACGACAUGGGUGGCUCCCAGCGGGUCCUGGAGAAGCACUGGACGUCAUUCUUGAAGGCUCGGCUUAACUGCUCUGUCCCUGGAGAUUCGUUUUUCUACUUUGAUGUUCUGCAGUCGAUUACAGACAUAAUACAAAUCAAUGGCAUCCCCACAGUGGUCGGGGUGUUCACCACCCAGCUCAACAGCAUUCCCGGUUCUGCAGUCUGUGCGUUUAGCAUGGAUGACAUUGAGAAAGUAUUCAAAGGACGAUUUAAAGAACAGAAAACUCCAGAUUCUGUUUGGACAGCAGUCCCCGAAGACAAAGUACCAAAGCCAAGGCCCGGCUGUUGUGCAAAGCAUGGCCUCGCUGAAGCUUAUAAGACCUCCAUUGAUUUUCCGGAUGAAACCCUGUCAUUCAUCAAAUCCCACCCCCUGAUGGACUCUGCAGUCCCACCCAUUGCAGAGGAGCCCUGGUUCACAAAGACUCGGAUCAGGUACAGGCUGACGGCCAUCGCUGUCGACCAUUCUGCUGGACCCUACCAGAACUACACUGUCAUCUUCGUUGGCUCAGAAGCUGGUGUGGUACUUAAAAUUUUGGCAAAGACCAGUUCUUUCUCUUUGAAUGACAGCGUAUUACUGGAAGAGAUUGAAGCAUACAACCAUGCAAAAUGUAACGCUGAGAAUGAGGAGGACAAAAAGGUCAUCUCAUUGCAGUUGGAUAAAGAUCAUCACACUUUGUAUGUGGCAUUUUCCAGCUGCGUUAUUCGCAUCCCCCUCAGUCGCUGUGAGCGUUAUGGAUCAUGUAAAAAGUCUUGUAUUGCAUCUCGGGACCCCUACUGUGGCUGGUUGUUAAGCGAGGGGGCCUGUGGUAGAGUCACCCAAGGGAUGUUGCUGUUAACUGAAGACUUCUUUGCUUUCCAUAACCACAGCACUGGAGGAUAUGAACAAGACACGGAACACGGCAACACGGCCCAUCUAGGGGACUGCCAUGAAAUUUUGCCUACUUCAACUACACCAGAUUACAAAAUAUUUGGCGGUCCAACAUCUGACAUGGAGGUAUCUACAUCUUCUGUUACCACAGCAAGUAUCCCAGAAAUCACACCUAAAGUGAUUGAUACCUGGAGACCUAAAUUGACGAGCUCCCGGAAAUUUGUAGUUCAAGAUGACCCAAACACUUCUGAUUUUACUGAUCAUUUAUCAGGUAUCCCAAAGGGUGUACGAUGGGAAGUCCAGUCCGGAGAGUCCAAUCAGAUGGUUCACAUGAAUGUCCUCAUCACCUGUGUCUUUGCCGCUUUUGUUUUGGGUGCAUUCAUUGCAGGUGUGGCAGUAUACUGCUAUCGUGACAUGUUUAUGCGGAAAAACAGAAAGAUCCAUAAAGAUGCAGAAUCUGCCCAGUCGUGCACAGACUCCAGUGGAAGUUUUGCCAAACUGAAUGGUCUCUUUGACAGCCCAGUCAAGGAAUAUCAGCAGAAUAUCGAUUCUCCCAAAUUGUAUAGUAACCUGCUAACCAGUCGCAAAGAGCUGCCACCCACUGGCGACACUAAAUCCAUGGUAAUGGACCAUCGAGGCCAACCACCUGAGCUGGCUGCACUGCCCACACCUGAGUCCACGCCUGUGUUGCACCAGAAGACCCUGCAGGCCAUGAAGAGCCACUCAGACAAGGCCCAUGGCCAUGGAGCUUCAAGGAAAGAAACCCCCCAGUUCUUCCCUUCUAGUCCUCCACCCCACUCCCCAUUAAGUCAUGGGCAUAUCCCCAGUGCCAUUGUGCUUCCUAAUGCUACCCAUGACUACAACACGUCUUUUUCAAACUCCAAUGCUCACAAAGCUGAAAAGAAGCUUCAACACGUUGACCACCCUCUCACAAAGUCAUCUAGUAAAAGAGAUCACCGGCGUUCUGUGGAUUCCAGAAAUACCCUCAAUGAUCUCCUGAAGCAUCUAAAUGACCCAAAUAGUAACCCCAAAGCCAUCAUGGGAGACAUCCAAAUGGCCCACCAGACCCUAAUGCUGGAUCCAGUGGGACCGAUGUCUGAGGUCCCUCCCAAGGUCCCUAACCGAGAGGCAUCGCUCUACUCUCCUCCUUCAACUCUCCCCAGAAAUAGCCCAACCAAGCGAGUGGAUGUCCCCACCACCCCCAGCGUCCCAAUGACUUCUCUGGAAAGACAAAGAGGUUACCACAAAAAUUCCUCCCAGAGGCACUCCAUAUCUGCUAUGCCUAAAAACUUAAACUCACCAAAUGGUGUUUUGUUGUCUAGACAGCCUAGCAUGAACCGUGGCGGGUACAUGCCCACACCGACAGGGGCGAAGGUGGACUACAUUCAGGGAACACCAGUGAGUGUUCACCUGCAGCCUUCCCUCUCCAGACAGAGCAGCUACACCAGUAAUGGCACCCUUCCGAGGACGGGGCUAAAGAGGACACCGUCCUUAAAACCUGACGUGCCACCAAAGCCUUCAUUUGCUCCUCAAACAACGUCGGUCAGACCACUGAACAAAUACACUUACUAGGCCUCAAGUGUGCUAUUCUCCAUGUGGCUUUAUCCUGUCCAUGUUGUUGAGAGGAUGAUGUUGUAAGGGUACCUUAAGAUAAGAGACUUGCUUGUCUUUUAAGAGAACCAAGUGGCCAAAGAAACUCUUUCAAACUUUGGCAACAUCAGAACUUGCCACGUGUAGCUACUGCAACAAAGCUUCUGUGUACUUACGUGGAAAACAAAGGAAGGUGCUGGCCAUUCCAUUUCUUUUGUUUGAAGCUAAAGAGAGGUAUUGCUCUGAGGGGCUACCUUCCCAGUGUAAAGAGCUGAUACAGUAUGCAGAAGAAUCUGUGAGCAAAUACUUGAAAAUGGGUUCAACUUAAGACUGCCAUUAUGUGUGGUCUUCCCAUUAAAUGUGAACAUUUUAUUAUGUAUGCAUUCACCUUGCCUCUUGCACAAAUGUCAAAAACAAUGGUAAUGUCUCAAAGAAACAAACUUGUAGAUUACCAAACAAUUUGCUAAAAAUUCAGUCUCUGACCCAAACUGUAGCAUUUUUUUCAUGUGGGGCAUUUUUUUCAUGCCACCAAUGAACUGUGGUACGUGUGUGUGCGUGCGUGCGUGUGUGUGUUCUGUACUCACUAGGAUUUUUUAGGUGCCCAUUGCAUCUUUUUGUGCUAUGGAGUUGUUUACAUUGAGCAUGACUGAAUAAGAGACAAUAACUACUUCCCACAGCAGUCCAUUGGGUUCGGCUUUGAGAAAGACAUAAAACCAAGGCUGAUUUGACCAUCACUAUGAUUGACUUACGUUGUACCCAAUGCCAGAGUAUGAGUCCCAAGUACUUGUGUGCUGCUAUUCAUUAAAACUUCUGUUACAGUCUUGCCAGCUUAAGGAGACAGAGAUGUUAAGAGGUAUCCUUGAUUUAUCCAAAAGUAUUUUACAGUAGUAAAAUUUACCUGUCCACUGUGAAUCCAAGCCUGAGUCACUCUAUUUAACCUUGGGCACACUAAUAAGGUUUUAUUUUUAUUGUGUUUGCUUUUUCCCCCACAUAGUAAAAUGUCUCUUCCUUUAACUCCUCCCACUGCCAAGAUUUUAAAAAUCUUUUAAAAAGACAAAAGAAGGAAAUGUGAAGAGAAUUGUAAUUGGCUUAAAAGACACAGUCUCUGAAAACCUACCAGUGGUGCAAUCAUGUUGUCUAUGUUGUGUUAUGUGAGAACUUCCUCCUAAGUCAUGCAGGUAAUGACAAAAUACUGUAAAUAUUACAUGUGAGUUUACCUGAAUCUGUGCAUUUUGUGCCUUAUUCAUGAGAAUGAUAGAAGUACUAAAAUAUGUCAAGUGUUUUCAGUAUAGCACAUCAUUUACUGAGUGCCAGUUGUAAAUGUUUUUCAACCAGCACCUGAAAGGACUUUUUAAAAAAUCAUAAAAACAACCUAGAACAAGUAAUUGUAAAACAGUCCACCCAAAUAGCAGCAUUACGUCCUUUGCCAUGAUAGACAUUCCAUUCCUGCUUUCCUAAGGAUGAGAUGGCGAUAAUGUGAAGUCAAAUGAGGUUUCCAGGGUAAUGUGACACCUGCAGAAACCAUAGAGUCAUUUAUUCGUAGCUUUGCAGAAGCCUCUCACAGUUGUUGAUGGGCAGCCCUAAUGCCUGUUUCAGUGAAUCUGCUGAGGGAGCGUCACACCAUGGUUCAUUGACCCUGAUCUAGAAAGGACCCAGGCAGAGGAAUGCUCCUGACCUAGUCAGACGAAUAAGCUCAACCGAUUUCUUGUGAUAAUGCUGGUGAUAUCCAUUACUUGGGGGAGGAUAGGUGACAGAAGACCAGAGCAUUUUUAUACAAAAUGUAGAAUACUGAUACAGUUACUCUUUUCCUUUGAGAAUAUUGUUUUAUAAAGAAUGUGAUUCCCUGAGAUCUCUGGAAGCUCAAAAGCUAAAACUUCUGUUCUUGAAAUACUUCAGCUUUGCAACUAAAAUAUUACAGAUUAAUAAUAAAUUAAACCAACCAACGAUAAACACCGCGCAGCCCACCGCCGACAAACGCGUUUGAGUUCACCUUACCGAUAUGAAUCCCGGCGUGCGCAAAACGGAACAGUAACUCUGUGUGAUACCCGGAUAACAUUUUGUAACAUUGUGCUGCCUUGUAGUUUGUAAUGUGAGUUCUAUCAGUAUUUAUGUUGAAGUUUCUAACAUUAAAUCUAGUCUCUAUCCUGUUAAUUUAAUUUUUAAAUGCUUUAUCCAUUUGUGCAAAGGUAAACACAGAUUGUAUCUUUUUUAAUGUUACAGCAUAAAAAGUAACCCUGAAGCAAAGUGGCUCUAUACUGUUUUAUAGAGUACUUUAACAUGUAUAGAGAUCUUGUAAACUUGUAUUGUG